AUUGUUAAAUAUAUUAAAAUUUGCUAGAAAUUAUACUUAAUCACACAAGUUGAAUUUUAUAUUUUUAUAAAUAUAUUUUGUAAUGUGAAAGAUAGAAAUAGAUAUAAUUAAUAAUUUUGUCCUUAAAAUUAAACAAAAUUAAGUGCAUUUUACAUCCCCUAACUCCUUGUAGCAUAACAAAUAAAAAAAAAAAAAAAACAUUUAAGUUUUAGAUUUAAUUAAAGUAUAAAAAAAAAUAACUAAAGCUCUUUUAAAAACGCUUUAUAAAAUUAUGAUAGAAUAGAAAAUUUAAUUUUACUUUAUAUAUAAUCCUAUUGAAUUAAUUAUUUUAUAUAUCAAAUAAGUUACAUUUUUACUUUAUUAUUACAAAAAGAAUUCGCAAUUUUCCAAAAUAUUUAAAAUGAAAGAAAGCUCGAAUAUGAUUUCCUAUAUGAAAGUUUUCACUUAUUCCCUCUUAGUAUGGACUUCUCAAUAUGCCGAUAACUCAUCAAAUGCCUUAUGUAAUCCAUCAUGUGAUAAGCGCAACAACAGAUUACUGAGCCAAAGCACAAUAUACACAAGAAGAGAUGAGCCAUCUAUGAGAUAUAGUAUGGAACGUGGAUAUCAUGAUGAUGAACUUCAUAGUAUGUCAAGAAGAAUGAACAAUGCAGUAAAGGAUGCUCAUUUUGAAAAUCGAUUUCACGCAUUGUCCUCUGAAGAUAAUUUACAGGGUGGCUUUAAUUCUAUGAUGCACGAUGACAAUAUAAAGAAGAAAUUUAAUGCAAUAAUGCGUGAGGGAGAUUAUCCAAGGAGAUAUGGUCAUUCAUACAGGCAUCAUGACGAUUAUGAUAGAGGAUAUGAUAGAGGAUAUGAUAGAGGAUAUGAUAGAGGAUAUGAUAGAAGGGGUGGUAAACAUUAUGAUGAUUAUGGCUAUCACAGAAAAGAGGGUGGCUUUAAAAGUGUUUUGGGUUUAUUAAAGUACGAUAGACAUUCAGGAAGAAGAGGUCACUCAUCAAGAGGUCACUACAUGGAUAGGGGACACUCUUCUCGUGGUCGAUCAAGCCGUAGAUCACGCCCUCAUGCAUCUGAAUAUUUAGCCCUUGAUUUUGAUAGACAAGCUCAUCAUUAUCAACAGGAUAUAGAAGCUCACCAGACCCCUUACAACUUUAACACCUUUGACAUUACUCUGAAUAGUCACAUGCCACUUUUUAAUAAUGAGGGACCAAUAGAAGAACAUGAAAUUAAACACGUUGUGCAAAAAAAAAGAUUAAACAAAAGUGCCCUACAAUCCAUGUUAGAAAGUUUUAUUAAAUUCGUGAAAAAAUCAGAUGCCAUGUAUGAAACAGAACUCUUAGGUAUAAUGACAGGUACUACUGGUGCUUAUGAUGGACAACACCUAGAACAAAAAAAAGAUAAAGGAUUAGCAGGCAUGCUUAAGGAUAAAUUAACCAUCAUUUCCCCAGUUAUAUCCAUUGCUAUCUUUUUGACCUUGUUCGUUGUGUUUGAGAUAUUACCUGGUAUUGUUAUAACAUCUAUAAUUCUCGUUGCAACCAUGUUGUACGUAUGGUACAAAUAUAACAAGUGCAAACGUAUAAAUAAAAUGUACGGAGUUUAUGACGAGCAGAAAUUAAUGGAACACAGUGCUAAAAGAAAAAUGGCAGCACUCAGAAAUUCAAGAUACAUUAGAUAAUUUUAACACUCCUUCGAAAUUUCUAUGCAAAAUCCAAGAGUAACAAGAACAUUUAUUUAUAUGUCUCUUCAUAGUAUAUGUUUGAUGCCUACUGAUCAUAAAUCGCUUGAACCUUAUUUUACCAUUACUAGAACAAGGCGAUGACUACCAUUACUGCAACAGCCACCGGAGCAGCCUCACGAACGAGAGAAGCAAAAACAAACUGCAACAGGAACAAGAGAAGCAAAACUAAAUGCAACAAGAACAAGAGAAGCCAAACAAACUGCAACAGGAACAGCAACAGUAACACCGACAGCAAAUCAUAUGGUAUUAUAUCUACACACCCCUACAUUCGAGUCUUUUUACAUUUCAAAGUUUUCAUUUACAUUUUUAAUUUUGUAUAAUUAUUUUGAGAAAUUGUACUUUUUGAAGCUCUUUCUGUUUCUUCAUUUCAUUUUUAUUCUUCUUUUAUUUAUUUAUAUAUAUAUAAUAUAUAAUAAUAUAUA